AUGGACGCCGAAGUGUCCGCCGCAAAGAAGCCAAAACUUGACCCGAGCUCGGGACAGUCCCCCGGUGCCGGGAAAUCCGUCGCCACAGACGCACACUACCAGGCCGCAAGCUAUGCGCUCGAAGUCAUGUCUUCCACCAACGGCACUCGUACGCACAGCAUCGGCUCGAUGUUCAAGAGCGACAAGAUCUCCUUCUGGUUCUAUGACUCUUUCGGCAUCGUCAGGACCGACGACUCGCAGUCACUAUCCCUGGUGGACCAGUUCGAAGAGGUAGCGGCCAUCGUGGUCGCCAUCGCCUGUUGCGACGCGACACGGCUGGGUGUCAUGCAAGGCGUCACUCCUCCCAAGGGAUCCAAGUAUCCGGCGAAUUUUCCUCCCGCCAACCUCACUGGGUAUACGAUCAAGAUGCCGCUGCCCAACAAGCGCAGGGCACGGCAGCCGCAGAUGGUGGUGACGCUCGACAAGCCUCUGUUCUGCCAGUAUGCCUUGGUAGGCCGCCACACGACUGUGUACACUGCGACGACGAGUGUUGCCGUCGGACGGAAGAAGGGCAGGGCGGUGAUUGUGAAGCUGUCGCAGCAGGCGAAGGGCAGGAAGCCCGAGCAAGACUUCCUUACUGCGGCCUUGGGAGCUGGCGUGGAUCAUUUACCGGAGCUUCACUCCUCGAUGGAUCUCUGGUCUCUGUCUGACGGCAUCCGCAGCGUGUUUCUCAAGAGGGAUCCGGGCCACAGCGAGAUAUUCGAAGAUCGAAUCCUGCGAGCGAUAGUUUACACACAGUAUCUUCCGUUGCAACAGUUCCUUGCGGAGUCCUCUGACGCUCCCGAGUAUAUCCGGCUCAUGGUCGACCAGAUGAUGGAAUGCCUCCAUGACCUGCGCCACAAAGCCAAAAUCGUCCAUCGCGACGUGAGCCCGAACAACAUCAUGAUCGAGAUGCGCAACCACAAACCAUUCUUCAUCCUUAACGACUUCGAUCUCGCGACCUUCGUCCAGGACAACGGCACGCGGCUCCAUCCGGCGUCCUCUAAGCACCGCACUGGCACACUGCCUUUCAUGGCUAUCGAGAUCUUGCAGGACAUGGACACCCCUCUGCCGGUUGCCAAAUCCCGCCGUAUCGAGCUCCAAAUCGCUCACCGCCUGCGACACGACUGGGAGUCUCUUCUGUGGGUCGCGCUGUGGUGCAUGCUGACGAUGGACUCCGACGUCUCAGGGACGGAGCUCGAGAGCAAGAUCGUGAGCUUUCUGUCCGACUGGGAGUCCGGCGAACUCAGCACAAUCGCGGACGUAAAAACGUCGGUCAUCUACAACUCGACUCGUGCUGAAAAACUCGUCCCUUCCCGUUUCAGAGGCCUUAUCCCGUGGUUAAAACGAUGGUGCCGCGUCGUCCGGGAUGGCUACGACGUCGUUAGCAACCAGCGGCGCUUAUCUCGUAAGGAGAUUAUUAGCGCGGAUAGAGAGACAUUGAAUGGAACCAUUACCUUGGAGAAACUGAAGGAGGCGCUGCAUGCUUCUGAAGAAGUAUCUGGCGAGGAAGAGGAAGAAGAGGAGGAGGAAGAAGAGGAAGAUCUCUCUGAGGAUUGCCCGGAUAUACUCAAGAGCGGAGCCUCAGGCUACAAGUCACACAUGACUACCGGCACACUACCGUUCAUGGCCAUCGAAAUACUGCAGGACAUGGAUAUUCCCCUAACCGUAGCCAAGCCCGGCCGUAUCGAGCUUCAAAUCGCUCACCGCCUGCGACACGACUGGGAGUCUCUUCUGUGGGUCGCGCUGUGGUGCAUGCUGACGACGGACCCUGACGCCUCCGGGACGAAGCUCGAGAGCAAGAUCGUGAGCUUUCUGUCCGACUGA